AUGGCUAAGAAAGCCAGCGUUGCGAGCUCGACGCUCUCACUGAAAGACGCACAGCGAUGCUUUGACAAGGAGCGUCAAGCGUUCUUGCGCGACCUUGAGACGUUGCGCCAACAGCUGAUAAAGAAGGACCAGAGCGCUGAACGAGCGGCAGCUGUUGCAAGUGCGCACGCGAUUCAACUCAAGCGUGAGAUUGCUGCAUUGCAAGCAGCAUCAGCAGCGGUAGAAGCCGAACGGAUCAAGGUCCACGAACAAUUUUCGCACACGAGUUCUUUACUUGAGAUAGCACUAGACCAACGACAAGAAGACCAAAUGAAGCUUUCUUGUUUGAAUGAGACACUCAGAAUGAUCGAAAAGAAACACGAGGAGGAGUUAAAGCUGGUGAAAAAGGAGGCAGCUUCCGCUAUACGAGCCUCUCAAGAGGAACGCCAAGCAUUGCGCGCAAGAGUCGAGCAUUUGAAAGGAAAACUCGAACUUGAACGAAAGGAUUGCAAAGACCGUCAUCAUCCAGUGGUGAACGAGCUGCAAAGUUGCAAGUUGAGGCUACAACUUAUGGAUAAGGAACUUCAGGAUGCACGCUAUCGUGAACGCUCUGGUUAUCAGUUAAAGGAGAAAAUGGGAGGUGAAGUCAUGAAGUACAAACAGAAGGUAGCUGACGUAUCGAAGGCGCUGGAACAAGCUUUGCAAUCAAAAACUGCAUUGAAAGGGGAACAUGCUCUGGUGAUGCGGCAGAUGAGAGACAACUUGCUAGAGGUCUUGCAAAACCACCACCACAUCAAGGAGCAUUUGCUCAUGAUGCAGGAAGAUUACAAUGGGUUGUUGUGCUUACACACGUGUGUGAGACAGCAAAGCAAAGAGAUUACGCAAACUUUGAAAGAAAUGACGGCACGACACGAGCAAAUAGUGAAAAGUAAGGAACAAGAAUGUUGGGAAGUUGAGAGAAGGUGCAAAACUUUAAGUACUACGUGCUCAAAGUGUUGUAAGACUCCUGAGCAGAAAGAGAAAGAUGAGAUGAAAAAGAUGGACGCAGUUCGUGAACAAACUCGGCUUGAGGUCACUAGAAUCCUGGAACUCGAACGAUGGGAUCAUUAUCAGGAAGUCAACAAUAAGUACCUUGAUACGAACAAACAGCUUUUAGCUGCUAUGGAAGAGCGCGAGCUGCUACGAGAAAAUUUAAAAUUAGUAACCAGCGAGUACCAGGAACUUGAAAGUAGGGAGAAGAAGGUGUGUAUCUUGCUAGAAGAAUCUCAAGCUAAGGUAGAAGAAGUGAGUGCAAAACGAAAACAUGAUGCUCGGGAGUUGGAUAGAAUGAAGAAAACGAUGCAAGACUUGGUAGAAAAUAUAUCAAGCUUAACUGCCAUGACAGUAGACCAAAGUAAGAAGCUUCACGAGCAUGAAACUGCUCGGCUACAGGAGCGUGAGCGAUCGUCAGAGCAAAUUUGCUGUCUUGAAUCAGAGAAAAAAAUGGUAACAGAGCAUGAACAGCAACUCAGGAGUCGAUAUGAAGAGCUUGUCACAGAGUAUGAGGCGCUAAGGCAAGAAAAAGCAAAGAGCUGGAAUAAGAUCGUAGAGGCACAACUGAGUGCUGAUCGUUUGAUAGAGGAACAGGCUCACACAAUUGAUGACUUAUUGCAAGCAAAAGCUACUUGUGGUACCGGUCCCCCUUAUGUAAAAGAGAAUUCCACCCAUUUGCGGCAAGAGUGCGAAACCUUACGGAUUGAAAUUGCCCAGCUUAGGACGAAAUUACGAGAUGAAAGUAAGUCGUGGCAGAGCAACGACGGACAAUAUAAAUACGAUCAUGAGGUCGAGGUCAAAGGUUUGCAGUUGGAAAUACAAAAGCUGCAAAAGAAGCUGAAAGAACAAGCUCUUACGAUACAUGAAUUGACACUUGAAGAAGAUGACAAUGACGACAACGUUGUAAAUGAAGUAGAGCAAAACGUGAUGUCGACGGAUAGCUGCACAUCUUGGCCAACCAUUGACAGUCGCAAUAAUCCUUUUCAAACUUAUCAAAAUGAAUCGGGAGAAGAAGUAUCAUCUCAGUGUCAGUCUUUUCAUGGCAAAACAGACUUACCAACUCGACUAGUUAGUCAUAGCUUUUCUAAGAUAAGCAUGCCUCGACGUGUGAAUUCGUAA